GACACAGAGACACACUGCUAGAGACAGAGACAGGGAGUGAGACACAGACACGAAGUGCACUUGCCCCCAGAGUCUGGUGAAGGCUACACAGGGGACCUUUGUCUUUGUGCGAGUCCAGCCGGAGACAUGACGGAAGAGACACUCAGAGCCGUGGUGAAGAUUGAAGCAGAACGAGACGUCAGCGUGGGUCCUGUCCGGGAGACAUCGCGGCCGCUGAGGGUGAAGGCCGAACAGCAGGAGGGAGGCUCCGCUCCGGACGUGAAUUUGAUCAAAGUGGAGCUGCCCGAGGACAGUGGAGAGCCUUGCGAUGGACCGGCGCUCUCUCCGGAUCGGAACUUCAUCGAGGUCGAGCUAUCGGAGCUGUCGGAGCAGGACGAGGAGGAGGAUGAUGUCGACGAUGAUGAUGAUGAUGAUGUCGACGAUGGCGGAGACGAAGUCGGUGCGACGGAGCGGCCGCCGUGCGCGGAGUGCGGCGGUGCCGGCGGUGCCGGCGGUGCCGGCGGUGCCGGCGGUGCCGGCGGUGCCGGCGGUGCCGGCGGUGCCGGCGACGUCGCGACCCCGAGAGCCUGCGCGGAGUGCGGCACGGCCCCGCGAGGCGACCGCGGUCACGGCCCCGGCCAACGGCAACAGCGGCCGCGGGCUAAGAAGGAGAAGCAGAAACAGCGGCAGCAGAAGGGGAUGAGGACACCCGGCGGGCAGGAGCGGCGUGCACGAUCGGCGAUGGGGAAGGAGCCGGCACGGGUCGCCGACGACGCGGGACGGCGGCAAGAGAGGAGCGACGGCACCGCCGCCGGCGCUUCGGGGAGGAAGAAACCGAAGCCGGGGGUGACGUGCGCGGAGUGCGGCAAGGACUUCUCGUACCGCUGCCUCCUUCGCAAGCACGCGGCCACGCACACGGGCGAGCGGCCGCACGCCUGCGCCGAGUGCGGCCGCGCGUUCUCGCAGCGCUACAACCUGGAGGCGCACGCCCGCGUCCACACGGGCGAGCGGCCCCACGUGUGCGCCGAGUGCGGCCGGGGCUUCGCGCAGCGCUUCGCCCUGGCCAGGCACGCGCGGGCCCACGCCGGGGAGCGCCCGCACGCCUGCGGCGAGUGCGGCAGGCGCUUCGGGGAGCUCUCGGACCUGCGGGCGCACUCGGCGGCGCACGCCGGCGACAGGCCGCACGCCUGCCCCGAGUGCGGCAGGCGGUUCGCGCGGCGCUCCGUGCUGCGCAAGCACGCCCUCACCCACACGGGCGAGCGGCCGCACGCCUGCGCCGAGUGCGGCCGGGCGUUCGCCCGGCGUUACGCCCUGGAGGCGCACGCGAGGACGCACGCGGGCGGCCGGCCGCACGCCUGCGCCGAGUGCGGCCGGCUCUUCGCGCGGGCGUCCUACCUGAGGAAGCACGCGAGGACGCACGCCGCCGAGCGGCCGCUCGCGCGCGCCGAGCGCGGCGGGGGGCUCGCGCGGAGCUGCGGCCCGGGGGCCGGAGCGAGGCCGCACGCGGGCGAGCGGCCGCACGCCUGCGGCGAGUGCGGCAGGGGGUUCGCGCGGCGCUCGGACUUGAAGAAGCACGCGAGGACGCACUCGGGCGAGAGGCCGCACGUGUGCGCCGAGUGCGGCAGGGGGUUCGCGCGGAGCGACUAUCUGAAGAGCCAUUCGAGAACUCACCGCCGGCUGUAGAGACGCGAUGGCGGGAGCGCCCGUAAGGGAUUGGGACGCGGUGGCGGGCGCUUCAGCCGCGAAGCGUUUGGCAAGUUAGCUCGCGAAGUGCCGUGCCUUCUUCAUUUUCUUCUGACCCUUCUGCUAAUUCCUUUUGUUCUAAGCCUUCUUCUCAUGCCAAUUCUUCUGCUGCUAAUUCUUCUACAACUAAUUAUUCUUCUAAUUCUUCUUCUAAUCCUUCUUCUACUACUAGUUCUUCUUCUAAUUCUUCUACUAAUUCCUAUACUAAUUAUUGUUAUAAUUCUUCCACUAAUUGCUAUACUAAUUAUUCUUAUAAUUCUUCUACUAAUUCCUAUACUAAUUCUUCUAAUUCUUCUACUAAUUCCUAUACUAAUUCCUAUACUGUCUUCUAAUUCUUUUACUAAUUCUUCAACUAAUUAUUUUUCUAAUUUUUCUUCUACUAAAUCUUUUAAUUCUUAUUCUUCUAAUUCUUAUUCUUCUAAUUCCUCUUCUAAGCCGUCUUAUUCUAAACCUUAUUCUUCUUCUUCUUCGUACGGCUGCUGGAGUAGACGCAGAGCAACGGCCACAUUGUCACAUUCGGGUGGUCAAGCCAGCGGGUACCCGCGUCGGUGGGAGCAGCGGAGUAGCAGUGCAUCGCCGCGAUGUCUCCUCCGUGUGCCUCGCGGAGUCUCGGGGCGUUGCGUCGCUACGUGCUUCGUACGGCCUGGCCGAAUGCAUUCAUUGGGCUGUGCCGGGCCUCGGCUACUUCCUCCGUCCUUCGAGGUGCCGCAAAUUUUUAGUUUGUGCCGAGACAGACGGCUUGACUCCUCGCAAGGACGCACACGCAGGCACACACACACGCAGGCACGCACGCACACGCGCACACACACGCACACGCAGGCACACACGCACA